AUGCCUCGCCGGGCCGCCCCGCGAGUGGUGGCCGGAGAGGGCGGCGGGGCCCAGGGGUCUUCGGGGGCUGCGACCACCAUGCUCCGCUCCCUGCUGCUUCACUCUCUGAGGCUCUGCGCCCAGACCGCCUCGUGCCUCGCGCUCUUCCCGCGCUUCCUCGGCACUGCCUUCAUGCUCUGGCUCCUCGACUUCCUGUGCAUCCGCAAGCACUUCCUGGGCCGUCGCCGCCGGGGCCAGCCCGAGACCGAGGUGGAGCUCAACAGUGAUGGCGAGGAGGUGCCCCCCGACGACCCGCCCAUCUGCGUGUCCGACGACAACCGCCUGUGCACCCUGGCGUCGCUCAAGGCGGUGUGGCACGGGCAGAAGUUGGAUUUCUUCAAGCAGGCGCACGAGGGCGGGCCGGCUCCCAACUCGGAGGUGGUGCUGCCCGACGGCUUCCAGAGCCAGCGCAUCCUCGACUACGCGCGGGGGAACCGCCCGCUGGUGCUCAACUUCGGCAGCUGCACCUGACCGCCGUUCAUGGCGCGCAUGAGCGCCUUCCAGCGCCUGGUCACCAAGUACCAGCGCGACGUGGACUUCCUCAUCAUCUACAUCGAGGAAGCGCACCCUUCCGACGGCUGGGUCACCACGGACUCCCCUUACAGCAUCCCGCAGCACCAGAGCCUGGAGGACCGGGUCAGCGCGGCGCGCAUACUGCAGCAAGGGGCUCCCGGCUGCGUUCUGGUCCUCGACACCAUGGCCAACUCCAGCAGCUCGGCCUACGGUGCCUACUUCGAGCGUCUCUAUGUCAUCCAGAGUGGCACCAUUAUGUACCAGGGCGGCCGUGGCCCCGACGGCUACCAGGUCUCCGAGCUGCGCACCUGGCUGGAGCGCUACAGUGAGCAGCUGUAUGGCGCUCAGCCCCGUCGGGUGUAAAUAACGAACAGUUGACUGAACUUGGUGAGCUGCGACUUCGAGCCUUCGAAGUCUGCGUGCAAACCUUCACACCAAGUCAAACUUGGCGAGGCCCCAGGGACAUGGCUACGCAGGGCCACCGGCCGCCAUCUGAGUCUGCGCUCUCAGCCAAGCCACCUGAGAGCUCCCCUCCUCCCCACACCCCGCCUCCCCAGGACUCUGUGGCUGAAACUGUUUCUGCCUGUAACUGCCUUGGUCUUUCUAAAUCCCCCACCCUGACCUGAGUGCCCAGGGACUUGUGCCCUACCGUGCUCUCUCGCACCCCCUCCGCCGAGAGAAGAGCCAGCGUGUCCAGCCUGGCGCGUUAGCCCCGCGCCUCUCCGAGCGCCAAGAGAACUUGGCCGCGCCCGCGCGCCCUGAGCGCAACUGGGCUCCUGUGGCGCGCGGCGCGCGCGCGCUAGUUGCCUGGCACCCACACCUGAUGCGCGCGGGGAGGGAGUGCCCUGCUGCUUCUGUGUCUAUUUCUUGCCCCCGGGGACCGGGGGAAGGGAGAGGGUGGGCAGAGUAGUUUUCCCCUGUUGUUUUUGGUGUGCACGAGCCCCGCUGCUGAUGACGAACUGUCUCUAACUGGUCUCGACCACGAGGCGAUUCCGAAUUGCGGGGGGCUCGCAGCAGCGCCUAAAUCGAGAUGGGAAAAGUGCUCUGGGUUUCCUACAGGUAGCCACCGUAAACGGGGUGGGAGAGGGAGAUUGGGGGCUGCUUCGGGACCAGAGGAAGAAGGCUUGAGAGUCCCUGGCGAGAUUCGCAGCGCCCCACGGAGAGGAACGAGGCUGGCGUUCCUAAGAACGGGAUUUGGCUGGCGGAAUCCAGGGAAAGGUAGAUGGGAAAGCCUGGGACCCCAAGCGAGGGGCCUCCUGGGCAGAGCUGCCGACUGCGGGGCCGGGGUGUGGGGACCAGGUGCGAACGCUAACCCCUGUAUAUAAACUUCUUUUACGCUACAAUAAUAAAAGC